AGAGGCGCCAUUUUGGGAAGGAGAUCAGCAAAGCGGCAAAAAUUAAAAACAAAAAGAAGAAAAAUAAUAAUUUAAAAGAAAUAUUUGAUUGCACGAGGUUAAAUCAACCACAGAAUAAAAUCUGUAGGUGGUGGAGCUUUCUAAUGAGCCAGGUGAACCCAGACGUGACCCUGACCUGCGUCUUGAACAGACGGCGACAGUAGGAGUUGUUUCAUUGAGAACCAAUGGCGGAACCAGCAUUUCUACAUUAGCACGCCAACUUAGCAAUUUGUGCGUAUCCAAGAAUGCGCUGAGCGCGUGGGAAUCUUCCGAAUAACAGGCUUCCUUUGAGCAUCGUGGGUUGCGUCUGCGAUACUGAAGAAAACUAGAAACUGGAUGCGCAGUAUAACUCAGCACAAACUCGAUCUGGGAGCUGUGGCCAAGUGUUCUGUUUGGAUAUGUGUGAUUUGUUGAGAUUUUGCAUUAUGCUCUGAUUACUAUUUAGGUAACUUUAAUUUAUUCCACUUGGCAGACGUUUCCACUGGCACCCCUAGUUCUUUGGGGAGGUGAAACAUGUGCACUUGCAGAUGAAGGAGAACUGGUAUAACUUCCUGCACCUUCGUUGUGAUAAUGUAAUAAUUUUGUUCCCGUUAUGAGCAUGUAGGUUGGAAGACAAUGGCAUCUAGGUAGUCACCCUCUCUCAUUCACCAACUUAUGCAGUCCACAUUCACAUGUGAACCCCAGCGUCCUCAGCCUCCUUAAAAACAAUUGAUGCUGAUGCUGGCCCGAGGCAUCAUAGGGGAAAUCUAUCCUAUGUCACGUUUAUAACAAAAAGAAGGAAACGUCAUCUCAGAAGUCCAGAACAAAAAUCCACACUUUGGGACUUGGAAUAAUUUGAAGAGGAUGUGAAGUUGAUCCAGGAUUGCUUAACCAACAUUUUCACAAGGACCCGUUCUGCAAGAUAAUUCUUGACACUGAACACGCGGGAUUAUCAUUUCUGUUUCAUAGUAAAAGACAAGGAACAAGUCGGAGGCGGGCUUUACAGAAUCAAGACGUCUUCUGUGCAGUCCUCCCUUACUGGGACUGGAGAUGAGGUGUUAAUGCCUUGCUCACCUCUCUCGAGACAUAGACCUAAAUGGCGCAGCAUGAUUUUGCUCCAGCCUGGCUCAAUUUUCCCACACCACCGUCAUCAGCUAAGCCCUCUCUGAGCUGUGAAAAGCCGCCCGAGGCCCCCGUUCAUCUGGAUAACCGCCGUGAUGUGAGUCGCAGACGCCACAACUCCUCCGACAGCUUCGAGUCUGUCAACGGACGCGCUGGAGGAGGAUACCUGAGGAAGGAGAAGAAUGGCUGGAGGGGCAGGAACGGGAGCGAGAGCGGGAGCGGGAGCGCCCGGGCGGCCUUCCACAGCGGCGGAGGCAGCAGCUCCCGCUCCAGGCCCGGCGGCCAGCCGGGGGGGAAGAGCAAAGUCCUGCACGAGAACAACGUCGGCCACAACGGCAGCGGCAAGAGGGACGAGGCGGACCGACGCAAGCAGUUUGAGGCUGAAGACUUUCCCUCUCUGAAUCCGGAUGCUGAAAGGGAGCUUAACCAGAACAAAGCUGUUGCGGUGGGAGUAUGGGAGCAUCCACCAAAUCCCAAAUCCAGAACUUCAAAAAUGAUGGUGAUCAAACGCAUCCCGAGGGAGGAGCAGUCCACAGCGCUCCCUUCGUCUGCCCUCGCACAGCCGGUCCCCCCGAAGAAUGGCACCGGCCCCUCCUUCUACAAGGGCCUGGUCCCCAAGCCGGCUGCUGUCCCUGUCAAGGGGAGCCGCUCGUGCUCCUCGUCCCCUGUGGACAAAGUGAGCCAGCCCCGGCUGAUGAUGAGGCUGACGCGGGUGCGCACCGACCGCAAGAGCCAGUUCCUCAAGGCUCUGAAGCAGGACAAGGUGGACGAGGAGGACCUCGAUGAUCACUGCAAGGAUGACGAAGCCUUCCAUGUGCAGAACAGCAACCUGGGCCAUGGGGACGAGAACCGGAAUAGCUUUGAGCACUCUGCCCCACGAGAGAACGGCAACGCAGCACUUGUGGCCCGUCAACAGAUCCUCCGCUCCUCCACCUUCCCACAGCCAGAGGUGCUGUCUAGUUCCUUGGAGGCGGAGCAUAGGCUGCUGAAGGAGAUGGGCUGGCAGGAGGAGAGUGAGAACGACGAGACCUGCGCCCCCCUCACGGAGGACGAGAUGAGGGAGUUCCAGGCCAUCAGUGAACAGCUUCAGAAAAAUGGCCUGAGGAAGAAUGGCUUACUGAAGAACGGCCUUCCCAGCGACUUCCUGGGCGCCUGGAGAAACAGCACUUUCAAAUCGGCUGCUGAGACCGAGGAGACAGAGACCAGCAGCAGUGACACCUCGGACGACGAGGCCUAAACUAGUGCUUCCGAAUGUCCCUUUCCCCCGACCCCCACACCCUUCUGUGACCUUUCAACCGAUGAAAAAAUGGACUCCUGUAUGUUUUGAGUCGGCAUCAUGGAGACCCAGGGUGUUGACAGCCUGGAAAAGAACAUUGCUUAAUUUGCUUUGUAAAACGGCCCCUGUAGUUGGAAAAAAAAGAUAAAAAAAUGACAAGUUUUGGUGGAAUUUUAGUGACCUUGUCUCAUCACUGACAGCAUUAAGAACCAAUAUACUGCAAUGUGAAAAAGAGGUCUGUUCUGGAAGGAGUGAAUAAAGUGAUUGCAAUUUACAUGGUGUAUUAUUCUGUUGAGGUCUGUGCUUGAAAUCGGUACCUUGAACGAGACAAACACCUAGACACUUAUUUUUGCUUGCAGAGUCAUUACCAUACAGCAAAAUUCUUCCAGUUCACCGUUUGUCCUCCAAUGGAACAUGUACGUAGCAUGCCAGUACACUGGGUAAAAGUGCACUUGGUUCUGCAGUUUCUAUGUGAUCUACAGUAGCUCUUGCAUUGACUCCUCUGCACAAAUGCUCUUUAGCCGUUGCUACGCGUUGUUUGUUUGUAUGGUUUCCUUCAUGGUUUUGUUUCCUUAGACCAAAAAAAACUAUAUAUAUCCAUAAUCAACUACUUCUGCUGAUAUAUUCAGAUUGCACUAAAAUAAAGGAAUAAAAAAAAAAAACAUUGCAAAAGAACAUUGUACCAAGGUAAUGAGGUAAUAUUUUGAUGACGGGUUAGAUUUAUGACUUACAAAAACAACUAUAUGAUCACUUU